AUGCAAGAGGAAAUACUAUUGUUUUUUAUCGAAGGAAUACUUCUUAUAGUAUACGUCUUUUAUCUAGUAUGGGACUAUUCUGCAAAAGAGGUUCCUUUUUACAUUAAAGCCUUGACAUAUUUUUCUUGGAUCCUAACUUUUUCGAUUGUCCUUGUGUUGCCUAUUGAUAUCUUAUAGGUAGCAAAUCAUUUUGAUAAUAAAGCAAAGGAAUUUUUUAGAAUAGUAGAGCACUUUGGAGAAUAAUGAAAAAACAUAACUAUAAUAUGGUCUAUUCUUAACUUGGAGAAUACUAUAUUGGUCCAACUUUUUUUUAUCAUGGUAAGUUUGUUAAACACGAUAUAUUCAAGGUUUAUUCUUCCAUUUUUUCAAGACUACGAAGACUCAGGAGAUUUUAAUUGGAGAGAAAGGAUGAAAUACUCAAUCAAAAAAAAUUUGCUAAUUUACACUCUGGGACUGGUUUUAGGAAUAAUCAUUAUCAUCUUAUUAGCAAUCAAUAAUGAUUCUUCUGAUUACAUCACUAAUUCAUUAAUAGGAUUAGCAAAUUUUUUGUAUAUUUUACUUUUAUAAAAGUGGACUUUUUUUGGUUGUUUUAUUAUUAGGUUUCGGACUGGUUGCGAUUCCAAAAAGAUAUAUAAAAGAGAGUAAGGAGGAAGAAGUGCUUGAUAAAUGCUAUAAAGAUUCAGUUUAUUUAGAAGAAUAGAGAACCGAAAAGGGAUAUGAUAUAGAAGAAAUUUGCAAAGUAAUUUCAUAUUAUAUUAAGACACUUCUAAUUUUAGAAGAUUCUUACGCAAACUCAGAGUUUUUCGUCUAUAUUUCUAAAAUCAUAGCUUUAAUUCCUCCUGUUUAUUUUGAGUCAAUCAAAUAAUAAUCAAUUUACAGAAAUAAAGAAUUACCAUCUGAAUAUUAAAAUUUAAAUUUAAAAUAAUUAGGAGUCCUUCAUAAAUCAGUUAAACAAAUCGUUUUUGAUUUAAGAAGAAUCAAUACAAAGUUUGAUAUACUGUUGAACAAAGUAAAAAAGCUCGAGAGACAAUAUGAAAUUGAUUCUAUUGAGAAUCAAAGCUUUCUUAUCAAAAUUCUAAUCAAAGCCUAAUAUAUUUGGGUAAAUUAUUUUCGUAGCUAUUAUAAUAAAUACAUUGGUUACGUUUUUACAUUACUAUCGAUCAUAUUAAUGUUCGGGGAAUUUUAAGUAUUGAUGAAAUAAAAAAUUAAAAUUAAUAUACUAUCUUCAGUGAUUCUAUCCAUCAGUGAUACUACAUUGACAAAUAUUACAUUAUUGAUUCUGUUAACAUACAUGAUGUUUUGCGUUUAUUAUGGCUUAUUUUCAAUGAAAAUUAGUGGAUUAAUAUCGUUUAACAAUAAACAUAAUACAGAUGCACCUAGUCUUAUGUUUGGUUCUGUGUAAGAAAUUAAUUAAAACUUAGAAACUUUGGAAGAGUGAGCUUUCCCCUGUGUUACAAUUUCCUUCAAAUGACAGCCUAAUUGGAUAAAUCAAACUAAUUUUUUAAUUUUUUUAAAAGGCUUGAUGAAUUCUCAGUAUUUGACUCCACAUUCACUAUAAUAUUACCUCUAAUGCUCAUAAUUAUGUCACUUUGCAAUUUUUUUAAUAUCAGUGAUAAAGUGAUGAAAGCAAUUGGUCUUGGAUAAUUCGCUUUUUAAGAGUCCCCUUAAGUUUUGAGUAGUUUGGGGAAGGAAAUCUUGCUCAAAGAGAAAUAAAGGAAAAAUUCCAAAUUAACAACUGAUGAGUCAAGCUAAAAGUCGUCGCUUUUAGAAUUAUCAAAAUACACUUCCCCCAAAUAUAUUGAAACAUAAGAUAGAGUCAAAGUCAACUAAAUAAGAAACUUUGAUGAAAUUUUAAAUAUAUGA